AUGAACCGAAAACUUCCAGUUCAAUUGAUCCUCCGACGAUUUCAACAUGGGACGAAUCAGCCCAGUGGCACUACGGGUAUUGAGCACGCAUUGAAAUUUAAGCAGAUCGGCCAGAGUCAUAAACAAGAUCCAAAAUUGUACAAAUGUGAGGAAUAUCUGAACUUCAAUAAGUAUUCCUUCUAUGAUACCGAGGUGUGUUUUUGUUGUUUCCACUCUCUACUGUGCGGAGAUAAUUGAACUAAUCUGUCCUCUUUUCAGAAUGCCAUUAACCCAGCCCGAGUUCCCCAGCCCAGUAACAAGAAGCCCGAUGUGGAGCCCAAGGUCCGCUCUUGA